UUGUAAUUCCAUUUGAUAUGGCAUCCAAUUUGAUAAGAUUCCGCACGUUUAGGGCUCCAUCCCAUACCAGAGCAUGCUGACCGGGCGCGAGAGCUUGCUCAGGGUUGUCGGCAAAAGGCGACGUUACCUGCCCAACCGCCGCUCCUUUCUCUCCGCCUCUUCCUCUUCUUCUUCCUUUCAGAGUUGUUUGAGUCCGUGUCAAAAAGAUGAAAAUGUCAAGAGAAACUCUGUGGAGGAAACAGCGAGUGGUGGUGGUGGUGACAUGGUGGAAUCAGUGAACUGUCCUGUCUGUGGAACCCAACUUCGGGGCCUGGAUAAUACCCUCAUCAAUUCUCAUUUAGAUGAGUGCCUUGCCAAAGGAAGUAAACGGAAACUGAGCCAGCUUACUCUUCUUCAGUUCAACUUUUCCAGGUCUAAAGUCAAAGUUCAUUCGAAUUGGCAAAAUGAUAAAGGAGAUCAAGUUAUUACAAGUGACCUCAACAGGAUUAGCAGUUGCGAUUUAAUUCAUAAUGCAAAUGAGUUGGCUAGUUCUGAAGAGGUUUCUUUGAGAAACAAUCCAUUUGCAAGUGGUGUAGAAGAUUUGGUUUCUGAUGCUUUUGCCGACAAUAAGGUUCCCUCACUGCCAUUAGUUUCGGAAAUUGAGAGGCCUAAAUAUGUUGUGAAGGAGUAUUUUGAUGAUCAUGACAUAUUUAAGGUUUCUUUUCCAACUUAUAUUGUUGGCCGUAGGUACGGCAGUAGGAAGGAGUUGGAUACUGAAUCAAGGGUAUGCCUCUCUAGAGACCCUGAGAAUGCUAAGGAUCCAAAUGCAAUUAAGGUACUUUAUGCAGGUUGUGAUUGUGAAUAUGAUAACAUGCUGGGUUAUAUACCACGGGAGUUGGCCCAAUAUCUGUCUCCUUUGAUUGACAAGUUCUACUUGACCUUUGAGGGCAGUAUUAUUUCUGUACCAAAAGAUGCUCAUGCUGCAGUCCCAAUUCAGAUUGUAUGCAAAAAUGGGCAAAUAUGUAAUAAAAAAUCAGAUGCAAACAUUCAAGAGAUUAAGUCUCUAUGGAGACAAGCUCUACAUGUUGCUGAACUUGCAAAAACUAAUCCCUCGGGGAUGACCAGGUAUCAACGCAACCUGGUACUACUUAUACAAGAUGUUUUGGAGAAUAAUCGACAUCUUUUUACAACCAGAGAGAUGUCUUUCCUAGAAGCAUUUAAGUUGCUUCCAGAUGAUAGCCAGAGACUCUUCGCUCGACUUUAUACACGCAAAGGGCCCUGGUUUCGGGUGUCUAAUAUUUCAUACCCUGAGAUAGCUGAUUGCCACCUAGCAAUAAAGGGACUCUUAGAAACGCGCUAUGUAUGUUCCCUUGCAUGGAGGAAUGAUGUAGAGGACGAUGGUGUAGCCGAGGUCCUAAACAUACUUAACAUUGAUGAGCUACGGGAAGUUUUGCGCAUGCUUAACAAGAAAUGUGAUCGUAGCACAAGAAAGCAGGACAUGAUUGAUUUGCUUCUAUCUUCAAGCAAGAAUAUGGUAAGCCCUGAGCUCCGAAGUUCUGUUUUAGCUAUAACUGGGUCCUGUAUCAAAGUAUCUCCUUUGGCCGAAUCUCUAAUGUGGCGAGCUGAGAGGCUUUUUUUCCUUAAUGGAGAGCAGGACUUGUCUGCAUUUUUAUUUGUGGACUUGGGAAUUGUGAAGUUUCCUGCUUAUACAUGUAUAAUCUCAGAUCCAAUCUUUCCAAAUAGGAGAGACUUGCUUUCUUAUGAAGAGGCUAUUGAAAUAUCACAAAUUAUGGUUGAAUCUCUUGAUGAGAACAACUCUGAGUUGGUUUUAAGAUGCAUAGAGGUUUCCAGUUCUCGCAUGUCAAUUGCUUUGCAAGAGGGGAAAUGUUCAAGUGGUGGAGCAAUGGUUGCUUUCUUCUCAUACUAUUCAGCCUCCUGGGUCUACUCUAAAGUGGUCUUAUUAGGUGUCUCUUUUUUUGAGCGUGAGAAGAGCUGUCGCAGGUACAUUGAUGCCAUCAAUCUACUCAGGCAGUUGUUGGAUGCAUUUAUUUUUGAUGGAAGAAGGGGAUAUUGGACUUUAAGACUGUCUGUGGAUUUGGAACAUGUGGGGCGUCUAGAUGAGAGCCUGCAAGUUGCAGAAGAUGGUUUACUUGAUCCAUGGGUUCGUGCCGGUUCAAGAGUAGCCCUGCAAAGACGAGUACUACGCUUGGGAAAACCACCUAGGCGUUGGAAAAUCCCCAGUUAUUCUGAGUCUGUUAAGAGGAAUAUUUUUGAGGUUCAUGUUCAAGGAAGACCAUUGAAUUGUAAAGCAGGGAUGAAAAGCAUAUUUUAUGGUGAAGAUGGAGAACAAUGUGGAGUAGAACAGCUUGCACUACACUAUUAUGCUGGGGAAGGAGGUGGUUGGCAGGGUGUUCAUGCAGAAAGUGGAAUUUGGCUAACAAUUUUUGGGGUCUUGAUGUGGGAUAUUAUUUUUGCUGAUAUACCAAAUGUCUUCCGCACUAAAUUUCAGACUGCACCCUUGGAUCUGGAGACUGAUAGCUUUUAUGAAGUGAGGAAGGGGCUCAUUGAAGAACUCCUGGACAAAAUUCAAGAUGGAAUGGCAGAAGAGAUACUUAUCACAUCAUGGGAAUCACAUGUUGGAACAGCGUGUCGAGGAGUGAACUGGGAGAAGCACUCAUUGGCUGAUCUACGAGCAGCUGUUAAAUGCAUUGGUGGUCACUGCCUUGCAUCAAUUUGCCGGCAUUUGGCUCAAGAUUACCGCAGCUGGUCUAGUGGUAUGCCGGACUUACUGCUGUGGCGUCUCCAUGACUGCUACAGAGGUGAAGCAAAGCUUGUAGAAGUAAAAGGCCCCAGAGAUAGACUUUCAGAGCAACAGCGUGCAUGGUUGCUGGUUCUAAUGGACUGUGGCUUCAAUGUUGAGGUCUGCAAGGUUACUCCGCCUCCAGUACCAUCAUGAUGCAUUCCUGUUUUGCUUUCCUUUAACUCUCAAAUCAAGUCCAAUUUUUGUUGGACAAGCUGUGCGGUGGAUGACUUACCUCUGGAUUAUUCGGACCUAAGGAUGUAUGUUCCGUUCUACAGAGCUUGUUUUGGGAAGUUCUCACUAAAUCCAUUUACAUCGGUGUUGAAAUGUUGGAUAAGAGCAGAUAAACUUGCUGUUCCUUCCUGGAACUGGUUCCAGUUCUGGCUUCUCUUAUUCUUUAGCCGUUGCUCUAAGACAAGUUGUAUAUCAUCCAAGAGCACAAUUGCUGUUAUGACAAUUGCAGUUCCUAACUUCUUACAGUAUAAACCAUCACUUUAUAUCUAAUGGAAUUUAUUUUCAUAAUUC